GGCCAUUGCCACUUCCUUGGCGCGAUCUUCAGAAUGUUUGAGACACUUGAGCUCUCCGUUGAGUAAGAUCAUUCAUGCCAUGAUCUUGGUGGACUGUCUACAUCGACAACGCUUAUUUUGGGUCCAGAUUUAGUGGACACCGUCUAUCCUGGCGCCUUUUUAUAUCCCGUGGAUGUUGGAGCACCUAUCAAUAGGUCUUGGCUGAUCGGCGGAUCGGCUGGCACUGCCUCUACCAAGCCUCCAAGCCUACCAGAUGGCUCCCAGUCUUCAACUUCUAGAGCCAUGGAGUUUCCCGCAAACACCCGACGGCGUGUGCAUCGCAUCUCGAUUUACCUCCGCUGUCUCGCACUGAUCGCCUCCUUAGCCGCUGUCAUCUCUUUUGCAUACUCUCAAGACGCCCACGACCGGGGUGUGGUCCUGACGGAAGACUUGGGUCAUCAUCUAGUCACUCCGGCUACCGGGACGACCGAGUACGCGUUUAUCUGGUCCCUCAUCAUCCUUUCCAUUGAGUUGUCUUCCCCAGUUACCAUCCACCCUGGCAUUUACGUUGCGUUCGACCUUCUCGCUUGGACUGCGGUUACCACCGGUGUCUCUUUGUACCUGGCGAUGCAUGAGCCGUACUAUACAGGCGAUGGAUAUACCUGCGGCCGUGACUACCGUGAAUAUCGUGACUGUGGCGGAAAACAAGUUGCAAACGUCGAGCACUUCGGCACCGCAAUGGGAUUUCUGGCCGUUGAACGGAGAAAGGCUGGAGAUUCCGAGACCAGGGUUACUCAAGCCUCAGCUGCCUCCUUAGUUGAGAUGAAGGCGACGAGCUACGACGAUAAUGGUUGA